AUAUGAAAAGACUCUUGAAAUAGUACCAUAACUGGGCAAACAAUGGCUUCUGGGAGAGAGAGUCGAACAUCUGACAAACCUAUGGAUGAAAAACAGAGGAAUAUUAUAAGAAUUCGUAGGGUGGAGCUUGCGAGAGACAUGGAACCCAGACAACUUAUACAUCAUAUGGCAGACGUUCUUACACCAACAGAUGAAGAGGAAAUAAAAGCCAUUGCUACUCGAUGGGGACAAUGUGAAAAGUUGUUGGAUGUAUUACCUAGAAGAGGAGAGAAAGCAUUUGACAGUUUUGUCAAGGCACUGAAGGAAGUUGGACAGCCAUUUCUUGCUGAUCUUCUAGUAGAUGCUGAAAUGAAGCCAAGAAUGGAAGAAGAAAGUAGUGCACAGUGUCAAUCAGUCCCUGAAGAGAUAAUCCUUCGAGGUCGUUCAGCCCGUCAAGUGUUUAAUAAAGCGCUCCUAGAGGGGUCAAAGAAGCUAAAGAGGGUACCCAUAAUGAUUGUUGGACAGGGCUGCUCAGGAAAGACUAGUCUUAAGAAAUCCUUGAAGGGUGAGCCCUUUGACCCAGAGGAAAACAGUACUGUGAUGAUGGAGGUCGAUCCUUCACAUUGCAAAGUGACGACUGAAGUUUGGAAGAUAGUGCGACCUAAUCAAGCUGCAGAUUCAGGCGACAACUCUCUAACUGUGCAAGAUGUGUCAGAUACAGCACAAUUGACUGAGAUGUUACAACAAGUACUAGGCAAGGAUGACGACGACCAGGAAACCUAUGCAACCUUGUGGGAUUUUGGCGGACAGUCAGUGUACUAUGCGACCAACUCACUUUUUCUGACCAGGAAUGCAAUCUAUUUUCUGGUCUAUAAUCUAAGCCGUAACCCAGAUGACAAAGCUAUCCCUUGUGUAAGACAAGGGCUGUUCAAGGUUGUCCAGGACACAUUCAGUAACACAACCAAUAUGCAAUAUCUUGACUUUUGGAUGUCAUCAAUAUCGUGUUUUGCUUCUCAAGAUGAAGGUCCCCAAAUGAGUGCAGCAUCUCAGAAACUGCCACAGAAGUUGCCACCAGUCUUCUUUGUUUGUACUCAUGCUGACAAGCCCUACAAGAGAGGCAGUCCUAGAGACCUAGCCCGUGAAAUAUAUGGUAGUUUACGGGAGAAAACGUCUGGUUUGCAUUUGCUUGAAGACUUCUUUGUGGUAGACAACACAAAGGCAGGAACUGCAGAUGAGUGCCAAGAAGACAUAAAUCAUUUGAAAACGGAAGUACUUGCAGUGGUUGAAGAACUUCCACAUCUGAAUCAAAGUUGUCCAAAAAAAUGGUUCAAGUUUGAGGAGGCACUUGAGGUCAUGCGUGAACGUGGCUGGAAGUGGAUUCCCAUUGGUGAAGCCAGGGAAGUUGCCCUCAAAGUAUGCAACAUUGUGAAUGAUAAAGAAUUUGUUAUACUAAUGGCCAUGUUGCAUGACCAGAGAAUUAUACUUCACUUUACUGAUACUCCUGAAUUGCACAAGAUGGUCGUCAUAAACUUGCAGUGGUUGAUUGAUGUCUUUAGGAAGGUGAUAACCAUUGUGCCCUAUGAAAGCAGAGAGGGAAAAUUUGAAGAACUGUGGCGUAAACUUGAAACAACAGGAAUUCUCGAGGAAAACCUUUUAGAACAUAUGUGGAACCGCACGGAAAGGAAGGCUUCUGAAGGUCUUCUUGCACUUAUGGAGAGGUUUAGUUUGUUGUGCCGUUGGCCUUCAUCCGAUGCUAGCAGAUCAUGUGAAUACCUUGUGCCAUCCAUGCUGAUGUCACCUCCACCAGAUGAUGUCAUGCAGCUGAUUGCAUCUGUGAAAAUUCCUUCACUUUUCCUUAAGUUUGAGUCUGGCCAAGUGCCCCCAAGCCUGUUCCCCCGGCUAGUGGUACAGUUCUUUCAGUGGCUCACUAAAAAAUGGCCUGGCCAACAACAGCCUCAGUUGUUCCUCAACUUUGCCAAGUUUUACACCCAUCCAGCAGAUGAAUAUUCUGUCAUCCUUCUCUGUCAUACAUCUUCUAUUGAGGUUGCUGUUCACAGGGCUCAACUUUCUUCAGAUUCCCACAAUGAAGGGUUUGAUGUGAAGAUUACCCGUGAUGUGUGUAAACGUCUUAGGUUAAUGCUUCAGGUCAUGGGUCAGGAGUUAAUCUGGAUGAAGAACAUGCAAUUUGAAAUGAGUGUCCUCUGCCCAGUGUGUUGUCCAACAGCUGGUACUACUGAAGCUUGCAAAUCUCACCAGACAAAAGGGUGUAGGGAAGAGAAGUGUUUGCACUUCUUGUCAGAGUCAGAGCUACACUCUCCAAAACCCGUCAUCUGCACCCCAGCCUUCGGUCUCCCUACCAGGGUCCAAGUUUCGUUGUUUAAUCAUUGGUUCCAACUUCUGGAUGAAGAGGUUGGAAGACCUAGGACACUCGUGGAAGAAGUUGAAGAGAGCGCCGUUGCCCUCCCAGGUGAGCUGCUAAGAAGUCUUUUAUCAAGAAACAUUGAGGCAAAGGAUGUUAUAGCUCGACUACUAGACAUUCUUCACUUAGAACAGGAAUCACUGCAAAUUCCGCAGCCUGGGACUAAGUGUCUUCUACGCAACUUGGCUAGAGUUGCUAAAGAAAUGAACCGACUUGAUGUGUUUGAAUUUUUGAGGGAAAUAACACCUGCUGGUACUACAGGUCCUGUGUUAUCCGAACACCUUGCCGUGCAAGCAUUACCGUCUUCCAUUAAGAGGGGUAUUACAGUUAAUUUGAGUGGCGGAGAUGAAUGGAUGCGGGUUGCUGAGGCAUUGGACUUGAAGCCGGCAGAGAUUCGUUAUUUAGACAAACGUGUUGUGAACCCAAUGGACGCGGCUCUGACUUAUGCUACUCAACAGUGCCCCAUAACUGUGGGUGAUCUGUACGACUUGUUAACCAGAUGUGAAGUGCCUGUGAUAGCUGACCUUCUGUAAGAAGGUGACUACAGACGUAUUUCCGCUCGAAACCAGGAAAAGGUUUUUUUUUUUAACCAAAGGAGAGUAUGAAGUCGCAGUCUUGAGUGUAUCUCGAUUCUUCGAUGCGCCCAUUUUAUGUUUUUGUUAAGCUAUGUUGCGAUGCCAUGUAAUGUUUUAAGUGUCUAAUUGUUCAAAACACGAGGCCGUAGGGCCUUUGUUUCGUCCUGAUGUAAACACGCUACCACGUGUUUUCUCAGGUAAUUCAGAGAAGAAACUCCAGCUGAUGCAGUAAGGGAAAUUUACACUGUAUCUAUAGAAGAAACCAAACGCAAUUCUUUGCAGGUAGUUAAGUGCCUGGUGUUCAAGUACACUGGCAAAUUGGACACAAUAGUACAUUCAUUUAUUCAAAAAGUAAUCUGUUCCACCACAUUUGGUCGGACAAAGCCGCAACUGAAUAUAAAAACCGUGCGAAGUGCUUUUAUGACAAAAUCGGACUACAAAGUCGUGGUAGGCCAACAAAAAGUAGAAUUUUGUUUCAAAACGAUAGAAUUACAAGUAGGUGUAACGCCACCAGGGUUAGUCGAGACUGGUGAUAACAUAUAUCUAAAUAUAGUAGAUGACAUUUAUUAAAUUCAGGCAAUGUUAAAAGAUUAGUGGAGGUAUUAGAACUUAGUUGUUUCCGAUAGCCUUAUACUGAUAAGAUAUAAAAGACCAGAAAUGACCCAAAAAGGGAAGUCAUUAAAGUGAUCCGUUUUUAGUAAGUUAACAAGGAGGUGAUAAUGUACAAGAAUAAGCGUCCCCUCUUAUUCUAUAACAGAGAGUAGGUGUUCCCUUAAACUGUUGACUGUCCAAAGCAUUCGUAGCUUUACUGGAAAAAGACUUCAAUUAAAAUAUUGGUCAAUCAUUGCAGACUUGCCACAAGUCGACCUCAUGAGUUUUACACACACUUUUACACACUUUACUUCAGUUACAUUUAGAAAUGAAUAAAAGUGUAAGACUGAUCCGCUAGUAGCAUUAGGCUAAUCUAGGCGGAUCAGCUAUUAUCAGAUUACUCAUGUUAUAUUAGUUAAAUAAUGCAUUAAAAACAACGAGAGUGACGAAAAUAGAAAAUAUUAACGUUACUUUUCAAUUAGUUCUACGCUAGAUAAGUUAAAGAAUAUAGGGUAAAAUAGCAAAGCGAGCUGCGAGGUUUUAGGCCGCGAUGCGGGUCGAGGGAGCGACAAGAGGAAGGACUUUUCUGAAAGUCUAAAAAUAUUGCAACUGUCUGAGAUAGGAUAGGCAUAUUAAAACUGAUUGAUCUGCUGUUUUACU